GAGAAGUAGAUAGAUCUAGAAAGAUAAUAUGGAAUCGGCAAUUGAUAAGACGACGACGACGAAGAAACCAAGCCUGGUCGGAAUGAAGGGAAAAAUGUCGUCGUCUUCCUUCCGGCUUCGGAGUUCGAGUUUGAAUGCUUUAAGGCUUCAUCGUAUAUUUGAUCUGUUCGAUAAGAACAAGGACGGAAUGAUAACUGUCGACGAGCUCAGUCAGGCUCUCAAUCGUUUAGGACUCGAAACUGAUGUUUCUGAAUUGUCUGUCAUGGUCAAUUCGCACAUUCGCGACGGCAAAAUCGGUCUUGGGUUUGAGGAAUUUGAUGAACUUCACAGAUCCCUUAAUGAUACUUUCUUCGGUCUUGACCAACAGGACAAUCAGGACGAGGAGGAAUCGGAUUUGAAUGAAGCUUUUAAAGUGUUCGACGAAGAUGGAGAUGGUUAUAUUUCCGCUAGCGAAUUACAAAAGGUUUUAGGAAAGCUCGGAUUUUCAGAGGGGCGAGAGAUCGACCGGUGCAAGCGAAUGAUCUUGUCGGUGGAUCAUAAUCACGACGGUCGAGUUGAUUUCUAUGAGUUCAAGGACAUGAUGCGCAGUACCAUCCUAGUUAACUCGUCUUAAUAAUAUAAUGAUUGCCCAUACCAUAUAAUAUAAAUGUACUUGUUAUAUAUAUAAUCUUUUUUUUUCUCAACUUGUAAUAGUGUUAGUAGUUGUUGGUGAUGUAUUAUGGUAAUGAAGAAUAAUGUGAAGAUUGUUUGUAGUUUGGUUAAAUAAAAGUGAUCUUCUUAUCUUU